CCCAGGAGCCAUCAGGGGCCAGCCCCGCAGGCACGCGCGGUGUCCAGACCAGCUGGCCUGUCUCAGGCUCAGCUUCUCCUUCUCAGGGCAGGGCCGCGGGGCUGUGGGAGCCAGGAGAUGGGGCGUGGGCCAGGAGGAUCGGGUUAGCGGGCCAGCCUCCCCGCCUUUGUCUCUGCUGUGCUCUGGUCAGCUCAGCCCUGAUCCCGUGUCGUGAGGUUUCUAUGCAGGAACCAAGAAGUGGGGCCCAGUUCAGGAGGCCCUGGCGCAGACAAUUCUGCACAGCUGGGGAAACUGAGGCACAGGCUCCUGUCCAAAUAUGACCCCCAGAAGGAGGCCGAGCUCCGUAGCUGGAUGGAGGGACUCACCGGCCUCUCGAUUGGGCCCGACUUCCAGAAGGGUCUCAAGGACGGCGUUGUCUUGUGCACACUCAUGAAUAAGCUUCAGCCGGGCUCUGUGCCCAAGAUCAACCGCUCCAUGCAGAACUGGCACCAGCUGGAAAACCUCUCGAACUUCAUCAAGGCCAUGGUCAGCUACGGCAUGAACCCCGUGGACCUGUUCGAGGCCAACGACCUGUUCGAGAGCGGGAACAUGACCCAGGUGCAGGUGUCCCUUCUGGCCCUGGCCGGGAAGGCCAAGACGAAGGGGCUGCAGAGCGGCGUGGACAUUGGCGUCAAAUACUCAGAGAAACAGGAGCGCAACUUUGAUGACGCCACCAUGAAGGCGGGCCAGUGCGUCAUUGGGCUCCAGAUGGGCACAAACAAGUGUGCCAGCCAGUCGGGCAUGACAGCUUAUGGGACGAGAAGGCAUCUGUAUGACCCGAAGAACCACAUCCUGCCACCCAUGGACCACUCAACCAUCAGCCUCCAGAUGGGCACAAACAAGUGUGCCAGCCAGGUGGGCAUGACGGCCCCCGGGACCCGGCGGCACAUCUACGACACCAAGCUGGGGACCGACAAGUGUGACAACUCGUCCCUGUCCCUGCAGAUGGGCUACACUCAGGGCGCCAACCAGAGCGGCCAGGUGUUCGGUCUGGGCCGGCAGAUCUAUGACGCCAAGUACUGCCCGCAGGGCCCUGCGGCCGAUGGGGGUGCGGUGGCUGCAGGCGACGGCCCAGCGGAGGCCCCGGAAUACGCCCCCUACCGCCAGGAGGAGGCGGGCCACUGAGCCGCCGGAGCGGGGCGCCUCCCCACAUCACCCUGUCUGCUUCUCGCGUUUUUCUGUUCUGUCUUGUGUUUCUGCUUGUCUGUGGGGAAGGGGCGGAGGUAGAUCGGGGGGCGGGUUGUCCGCCAGAGCACCUCCCGCCAGCGAGUUUCCCAGCAGGCUUUGGGCUGGCCUGGGGGGUGGAGGUGUUGGGGGAAGAAACCUGGGCAGGGAGGGGCCCUGCCCCGUAUGGUUUCCGGUCGCUUUUCCCUCUCUUCCCUUUUCUCUGCCGAUCAGUUUGUGGUUUCUGUGCCCACAGAAGCUUUGGGCAGUUUUAAUGAAAGAAAAAUAAUAUUUUUUGCAGGGGAGUGGGGGGCGGGGUUUGGAGAUGGUGGAAGGGGAUGCCGCCGAGAAGGAAGCAGGUCCCCUGGGAGAGGGCAGGGCCACAGUCCCCAAGUAUUUUAGGUCUUGUGAGGACCUAGCAGUCUCAGACAGUCACCCGUAGCCCACCCCCUCCCCCCCCAGGGCCUAGCGGAGAAACUGAGGCCCAGGCAGGACAACAGAGUUCUGCCUGGUUGACACAAAGCCAGGCCCGCCCUUCACCCUUCCCCUUCCCCUACUUGUCCCCAUUCCUCUGCCAAGUACUGCACAGGGAUCCCCACCCGGAGGUCCUCCCUGGGGACUGGCCCCCAUCCAGGAGCCCUGGGACCAAGAGAUAAUGUGAAAUGUCAACUGUGGACCAAAGGCAAUAAAAACCUCUUUUUAGGAAGAAA